UUUCUUGAAUUCAAUUCAAUCAUUUCAAAUGGAAUCUUGCAAAUUCUUGAUUCUCAUUUUCUUGAUCUUUACAUUCUUUCAAGUUCUUGAAAGCAAACCCAUUUCUCAAAUAUGCAACCAUGAUAAACCCCAUAUUCAUUUUCCUUUCAAAGUCAACUCAUUUUGCAAAAACAAUCACACCAUGAUAAGUUUUCGCGAUUUCGGUGAUUUGGGUGUGAAGUCCAUCUCAUAUGAUCACGGAAAACUUACUCUGUACGACCCGAAAGAUUGUGUCUUUGAAGUGUUCUUGAAUCUUGAUCUUUCUUCCACACCUUUUCGGUAUUACCAUGUUGUUGAAAACUAUACGUAUUUGAAUUGUUCGGGUAGUCUUUCGGGUUCUUUAGAACAAGUGCCUUGUUUAAGUGGUGCUAAACAUCAUGUUUAUGUUGAAAAGUCACCUUUAGAUGUUCCAAGUGGUUGUGAGGUUAUGAAAACCGUCUCGAUUCCAUUUGCGUAUAGUUCUUACGUCUCUGAUGAUAGUUUCGGUCUAGAUUUGACGUGGGAGUCGGAUAGUUUUAAAGAUUUUGCAGAAGAUAAAAGAGGGUGGUUUGGUUUACAAUCUCUUGGAGAAGGGUUAAGUAUCGCGAUUUUGGUCAUAAUUUUGGUGGUUGUCACAUUAGCAAGUGUAAAGGCAUAUUAUUUGAAGAAAUCACAUCCUCAGGAACAUGAUUGGGAGAGAUUACUUGGAGACCUUGAAAAUUUGUGAUCGUCUUUUCAACGUCGUAACGAGUCUGGAUGGGUUCCUUGUUGUGUGACAGAAGUAGACAAUGAGCACAACCAAUUUAGUAACUUGAUAGUAUAGACAAAAUUGUAUAUAGUGCUAUUAUUCCUUUCUCGGAGUAGAUAGAUACAAAAAGAGACUAUGGUCUUAGAGAUUUUACACAGAUGUUACACCUUUGUAACAGAAAUUAUCACAAGUUGUAGUAAAAAAGAUGGGGGGUAUUCAUAGUAUUUGUAGUCUUGAAAUAUUUAAAUUUUGCAGCAUGGAUUUUAACACGUGAUGUGAUUGUUAGAUAUUUGGAAUCUAAGGAAUUGUUGUGAAGCUU